AUGAGAAGACGAAGUAAAUCGAGUACUGUAUCGAUUUCACGUAUACGCCGUCAUCAUUCUUGUAAUAAUAAAUAUAAAAAAUCUUCACCAAACACAGUUAUUCAUGCUAAUAUUCAAACACUGAGAAGUAUCUCUUCAGUAACUUCCAAUGAUCGAGAUGACACUGAACAAAAACAAAGCAAAUCUAAUCAAGGAUUCAGACGUUCUCAGUCUAUUACAAACAUUGAUCAAUCUCAUCAUUUGGUUUCACGCGUAAUAAAAUCCAAUCUUAAUUCUUCUCAGAAUGAACAUAUUAUUGGUCGAAGAGAAAUAAAUCAUUCUUUCUUGCCUCUUUUUCGAACAUUUAGUUCUGAAAUUAAGAAAAAUCAAUGGACAAAUGGAAAAGGGAUAAUCAACGAUUUCCAUCGGAAAAAGACAAAGAAUAAGAAAAUAAAAUGUGCAUCUCAAUACGUCAAGGCAAGCAUAAUUGGAACUUCAAUUAUGUUGUUAAUCAUAGCUGGAAUAAUUCUUCUUCUGUUCUUAAUUAAACCGAAAUCAACAAAAUCAGUGCCAAGCUAUACACCUGAAUUGCGAUGGAACUCGACUGGUAUGACAGUGGCUGGCACUAGUAGCAUGCCAGGCAAUGCAAGCCAUCAACUAAAUGAUCCUGCUGAUAUCAUACUAGAUUAUGAAAAUAACCUUUAUAUCGCUGACCGAAAAAAUAAUCGAAUCCAAAAAUAUUUGUUCGGUAUCUUGAAUGGAACGACAGUCACUGGAAGUGGAAUAUAUAAUUAUUCGCAGUAUCAACUAUCGAAUCCUGCACGUAUGAUAAUGGAUUCCAAUCGUAACUUGUAUAUAUCAGAUACAUCGUAUCAUCGAAUUCAAUUUUGGCCGAACAAUGCUAAUUAUACAAUGACAGUAGCUGGUAUAACAAAUAUAUAUGGAAACUCAAGCAAUCAACUGUAUUAUCCCAUUGGCAUUGCACUUCAUCCAACAUCAGGUGAACUUUAUAUAUCAGAUCAAUUCAAUCAUCGAAUUAUGUCACAUACGUCUGGUACUAAUUUCAGCACUUUGCUUUUCGGUGGCAAUGGAGCAGGAAUAAAUAACACAAAAUUAUAUUAUCCCUAUGGUCUACAUCUGGAUUUAUUUUCAAACAGUCUUAUCAUUGCUAAUACUUUCGUUAAUAAUAUCGUUCGAUAUGUGUUUGGUACAAAUACGUGGACACUUGUCGCGGGAAAUAUUAGUGGCUUUGCAGGCAACACUUCGACACAUUUGAAUAGUCCCUAUGAAGCGAUACUAGAUCCUAUGGGUAAUCUCUACGUAGCUGAUAGAAAUAAUCAUCGCAUUCAAUUUUUUAAAGCUGGUCAAUCAAAUGGAAUUACCAUCGCAGGUACAGGUGCUAAUAGUAGUAGUGCCACGACAUUACUGUUACCCAGGUCCUUGAGACUUGAUAGCCAACUUAACUUGUAUGUGGCAGACACAGGCAAUCAUCGAAUACUAAAGUUCUUACGUUAUUAA